GAAAUCCAAUGCUGUAGUUGAGGCUCGGGCGGUAGCCAUGAGGAUCUUUGAGGACUAUACUCAGUCCUGGCACUGGAUACUCCUUGGCUUGGUGAUCGCCAUGCUGGUCAGUCUGAUCUUUAUUCUACUCUUGCGUUGUCUGGCUGGAGUCAUGGUCUGGGUUAUGAUCAUCAUGGUCAUCAUUGUUAUUGGAUACGGUAUUUUCCAUUGUUACAUGCAGUACGCCAGUCUGAAAGGACAGGCCGGUUCUGACGUCACUAUCAAGGAUCUGGGACUACAGACUGACUUCUCUGUGUACUUACAGAUUCAGCAGACCUGGCUUGCCUUCAGUGAGUUUUUAUAUCAAUUAU